CGCCAGUAUCACUUUACCUUCUCACGAUCAUUCUUUAUUCCGUAAAAUGGCCGCAAGUGAAACCACCAAUUUAUUAGAAGAACCACCCCAAUACGUUUAUACAUCGAUAAGAAAACGACGGGUGCAACAGUUUCAAUGUUGUGUGUGUUCCAUUUUCAUAAUUGGGCUGAUAACCGCCUUAAUAAUCGCAAUGGCCUACUCAAUUAACCAGCCUAUCACUGAGGAACCCAUAAAUAACAGUUCGGAAACCGUUAGUUUCAUGGUACUUUAUGACCAGAACCUUUUUCCGCUCGAGGAUCAGAAACAGAUAAAAUCCAUUUGUAACCAAUCAGGUGACGUUCUGGAGCAAGCGAUAAACCAGGGAAAGAUAUUGCUAAGGGAGAAGGAUGCUAUCGAGACUAUUACGCCCUCUUUGGAUGUGGAUAGUCCUAGUUAUAGACACCAGAGGGUGUUGGGUACCAGUGCUAAGGCGAGAAAUGUUUCUCGACACGGUUAUUAUUUGGAUGGGGCCACCCAGUUUUUCUAUUCAAAAUUUCCUAACAUUUCCCACCAAGUAUGCCUAACAAACAAAAUAUGCCUCACAAACGACACAAGCGAAUUUCUAAUCGAAAUGUGCACUAUUGGCACCUUAAGGUGCAAUACUUUAUACAAAUACAGGUCGUACAAUGGCACUUGCAACAACCUAAAACGCCCCGCCGUCUAUGGGGUGGCUUAUAGACCUUUCAGGAGAGCCAUCGCUCCAGAUUAUGCGGAUGGUGUAAACAAGCCCAGGGUCUCGAAGACAGGCGAUCCCCUACCCUCAGCCCGAACGGUAAGUCUGGAGGUCCAUAGAUCCUACUUCCGGGAUGACUCGAAGUUUUCCGUGAUGUUGGCGGUAUGGGGUCAAUUUUUGGAUCAUGACGUCACGGGAACCGCUUUGAGUCAAAAAGAAAAUGGCAGCAGCAUCGCCUGUUGUCAAUCGGAAGGCAUACAGUCACCCGAUUGUUUUCCAGUUUUUCUGGAUCGCUCCGAUCCUUUUGCCAAGUACAACGUUAGUUGUUUGGAGUUUGUCAGGUCGGCUCCUUCUCCCAAGUGCUGUUUAGGUCCUAGGGAACAAAUGAACCAAGUUUCAGCAUUCAUUGAUGGCUCGGUGGUGUACGGAAAUGACGAGAAACAAGCGAAAUCUUUAAGGACAAUGAAGCAGGGAAUGUUGAAGAUGUUUCAGACUCCCGAUAACAGGACUCUGCUUCCCGUUUCUGAGGAUAUGAAUGAUGGUUGUAACAGGGAAGAGCAGAGGGAAAAGGGACGAUAUUGUUUUACCUCAGGUGAUCCUAGAGCGAACGAAAACCUUCACCUCACUAGUAUGCACUUAAUAUGGGCAAGACAGCAUAACUUAUUAGCGAAAAAUCUGUCGAAACUAAACCCGCACUGGGACGACGAGCGUAUCUUUCAGGAAUCCAGAAGAAUUCUGGGGGCUCAAAUGCAACACAUCACUUAUCAAGAGUUUUUACCGAUAUUAUUAGGUAAGCCCCUUUUGAAAAAGCAUGACUUACUUCCAACCUCGAAACACUUCACGCAAUACAACGAUAGUGUGGAUCCAAGCGUUGCCAACGAAUUCGCCAGUGCGGCCUUCCGUUUCGCCCACACGAUCAUUCCUGGAUUAAUAAAAAACAUCGCGAACGACACCUCCAGUCCGGAGUACGUCCAGAUGCACCGAAUGCUCUUCAAUCCGUUCAAAUUGUUCGACAAGGGGGACCUGGACGGGGCCCUCAGGGGCGCCAUAAACACCAGCAUCGAAGCCUCCGAUCCCUAUUUCUCCGACGAGUUGAAAUCCCACUUGUUCGAACGCAGUGGGGAUUUAAUUCAUCCGACGAAAACCUGCGGUCUGGAUUUGGUCACCUUGAAUAUCCAGAGGGGGCGGGAUCACGGUUUGGCCGGUUAUACUGUGUGGAAGAAGCAUUGUGGAUUGGGCGGUACUGAGGAUUUUAAGGAUUUGGAUCGUUUGUUGGAUAAACAUUCUUUGGAAAACAUUCGAGCUGUUUACAGGAACGUGGAAGACAUUGACUUGUAUACGGGUGCCCUAAGUGAAAAACCCCUAAAAGGAAGCAUUUUAGGUCCCACCCUCACCUGUUUAAUUUUAGACCAGUUUAAAAGACUCAAAUAUGGCGAUCGGUUUUGGUACGAAAAUCCGCAAAGUUUCACCCUGGACCAACUGGAACAGAUCCGGAAAACUUCUUUGGCCCGCAUUAUUUGCGAUAAUUCGGACGAGAUAAGACGCGUGCAGCCUCUGGUGAUGGAGGGCCGAGGCAAGACGAACGACUUGGUGCCAUGCACGGAGAUUCCCGUGCCAGAUUGGGAACCUUGGAGGGAGAAAAGUCUGGAUCGCUUGGCUCUUUCUACUCAAAACUUAAACGUUGUUGUUAUGAAUUAAUAAACUAAUCCACAAACUA